ACAGAUCUACUUGCGAGGCUCGCCAUCUGAAGGCUCGAGCUUCGAGCACUGCGCUUGCAAGGGUGAGGGAAAGCAGCCGGACGCCACAAAUUCCGGCAUUAUCCGAUUGCCACGUGCUUCGGCAAUGGCCGACUAUUCCGGCCCGAAAGUUCAUUCAGUGUUCACUUCUCGCCAUCAUCACGCCAACAAUUAUCGCGUGCCCACACUCGAACAUGGCGUGCAAUGGCGCUCCGUAUCUUGAUCCUCAGCGUCUGCUCUUAUAAAGCGUUGAGAGCGGGUUGAAUAGGCGCCCGAGGAUCCCCCAGUCGUCUCCCUUGAGCGAACAAGCCAGCCGAACACCUCAAUUCACCGAACAACCUAGCCGCCGAUCAGCCAUGCCCAUUCGUUCUCUUGAGAAGCCUCCUCUUUCUGAACUGGCCGGCGUGCCCGAGAAGUUCGUGAUCUUCUACUCGUCUGUCGUAGAUGGGCAGCUCUGGUGUCCGUACUGCCGCGACGUCGAGGACCGCGUUCAGAAGACAUUCUCGGCCGAGGGCGCGCCAGAUCUGCUCAUAGUGCACGUCGGGGAUAGGCCUGAGUGGAAGACGCCUGACGCGAUCUAUCGUAAGGAACCAUGGAGCGUCACCGGUGUGCCGACGCUCAUCAAGCUGGACUCGGAGGGCAAGGAAGUUGCUCGCCUUUCCGGAACGAAGAUCCUCGACGGGCUCGACCAGAUCAUCCGAGACUGAGGCGAGUAAAGCGAAACAAAUGUCAACGAAUUGUGUAACUGCUGUCCCGUCAAUACCAUGGCGGUCAUCCAUCAAUAUCACUGAAAGUGUACUCUGUGACAGUGGCUUACCGGCCGCUCGCAAACUCGACGGCGGUCUCCUCUGACUGUGACAACGUCGCGUUACACGCCCCUCUGUCGUCCUUGUGUCUGACUUCUGUCGCACUUCUGUACACCUUUUGACGAAGAUGUGCGCGCCACCUCUUUUCGUGAAGGCAUCAGGGUGUCA